CUUCGCGGGAGGCUGGGAAUCCGGGGCAGGCACUGGCCCGCAGGGAUCCGCCGCCCUCCGUCAGCGCGUCCACUUCCGUCCCGGCGGGAGGCGCCUCCGCCCCGCCCGCCCCGACAGUCCCCGGGCACGGCGGGCCGUCUCCGCGCGGGGAGAACGCAGGCUCCGGGCGGCGGACAGCCCACCUUCAAUCUCUGCAAUGGCUAAUGAGGCUCACCCUUGUCCAUGUGACAUUGGGCACAGGCUAGAGUAUGGAGGGAUGGGACAGGAAGUUCAAGUCGAGCACAUCAAGGCUUACGUGACCAAGCCCCCCUUCCACACGGGCAAGGCUGUGAUCGUCAUUCAAGAUAUAUUUGGCUGGCAGUUGCCCAACACCAGAUACAUGGCUGACCUGAUCGCAGGAAAUGGAUACACGACCAUCGUCCCGGACUUCUUCGUAGGUCAGGAGCCAUGGCACCCAUCUGGGGACUGGUCCACCUUCCCGGAGUGGUUGAAAACAAGAGAUGCCAGGAAGAUUGAUAAGGAGGUGGACGCCGUGCUGACGUUCCUGCAGCGGCAGUGCGGCGCGCAGCGCGUCGGCGUCGUGGGAUUCUGCUGGGGGGGCGUGGCCGUCCACCACGUGAUGAUGACGUACCCCGGGCUCCGGGCGGGGGUGUCCGUCUACGGCAUCGUCAAGGACUCUGAAGACGUGCACAGUUUAAAGAACCCCACGUUGUUCAUUUUUGCUGAAAAUGAUGCUGUGAUUCCCCUUGAGCAAGUCUCUUUGCUGACCCAGAAGUUGAAAAAACACUGCAAAGUGGAAUAUCAAAUUAAAACAUUUUCUGGGCAAACCCAUGGCUUCGUGCAUCGAAAGAGAGAAGAUUGUUCAGUGGAAGACAAGCCCUAUAUUGACGAAGCAAGAAGAAAUUUACUUGAGUGGCUGCACAAGUAUGUUUAGCUGUGGCCAAGUGUAACUUCCUCAAAACAGCUUGCUUGCACCCAGAAACGGGCUUUGGGGUAUUUGGAUCGUUUGAUUUAAUUUUCACUUUAUAUGAGCUAGGGAAUCCUGAAACUCAUUAUUUCCUCUGUUAAUGCAUGAUAUAAUUUAACUUUUAACAUGUUAAAAAAGCCCCUAAACAAAGAAUUUGAAUGAUAGGGUAAUAUCCUAACUGUAAGAACCUAGGGCUGCUGGGGCGCCUGGGGGGCUCAGUCUACAGCUCGGGUCAUGAUCCCGGGGUCCUGGGAUUGAGCCCUGCAUGGGGCUCCCUGCUCAGUGGGAA